AGUAGUCUCUUUUAAAAAAAAAAUUUAAAAAAAGAUAUAUAAAAAGAAAAUUCUCAGUGCGUCCUAGUUCAAUCUGUUAAGCUUCAACACAUUUUCACGCUCUGUAAGCGGAAUCGGAAACAGAAUGAAGGUCAUUCAAGUAAGCUUAAUCUGUGCCAUAGUGGCAUGUGCUUCGGCACAAAGUAUGGCUGACGGUGAUAGUAUUUGCUGCGCCCGUAAGCGUCAAGGCAACCUUGUACCCAGAUCAAUGGGCUCUAUUAUCCGACUUUGCAAUACUUACCAGUGCCCUGGAGAUGGUUAUCACAAUACCGAAGAAUUAGAUCAGCAGCAGUGCACAGGUGGGUGUAAUGUGGAUACAUGUUGUUUAACAACCGAGCUGCACAAUGAAUAUUUGGAAAACAAAAUUCCCAAAUCAGUGAUCACCGUAAGACAAGAAGACGCCGAGGGUAACCCACUAGUUGGUCAGGUUAUCGUAACCAACACCGCGAACGCCGAAGAAUCAUUCACAUCGAAGGACUCCGAAAACAUCUUUAAAAUUCCAACUGGAGAAACAAAUUAUAAAAUUGAGGUUCUUAAUGUGGAUCCCGCAUACAGACUUAUUGAAGAACAGGGCGGCGACGGCACAGUAGACGGAACCACCAAGAAAAAGCCUAAUCAGGACAGAACAAUCACAUUUGUGUAUGAGCUUAUCAAAUACUGUUCAAGUAUCGAAGACGGUUCUUGUCCCGUCGGGCAGUUCAUACCGGACCCGGAGCAGGCGUGUGUUGACAAUAGUUGUAAUGAAUGCUGUGUACCGAAACUUUGUUCAGAGUUUGCCUCUUGUGAUGGCCGCAAGGACCACACUACUGGUGACGUAGAGUGUAUUGACAACGUCUGCUCUAACUGUUGCGGUACUUGCAACGAUGGUCUUCUUGAUAAGACCGAAGAAUGUGAGUAUAUGGAAGAAAUUGACAAGUGGAUUGUACCCAAAGGAUCCGCCAGCGGCACUGAAAGCGGUGUACCCGAGUUCGACUUCUUGGAUGCUACCAAGCAAUGUGACUCUGACAUCUGUGUUAUCACUGAGUGCACAGCCUUAGCAUCUUGGCAACGAGUAUGCAUGACAAAUUCCCACUUUCAACCCACAGAUUUCACCUAUACUCUUGAUUUACCCAAGUAUGACUCUUCCCUUGUGGCGGUGCCUAUCAGCAGCAUCGACUAUCAUCUUGUAGGUCAAGUCACUGGUGAUAUGACGAUCGACGAUGCCCGUGCCGCCGGUACCUCAGGCGAUAUUGUGGCUAGCACCGUGUUCGCCGCAUCACUCGAAUUUGAGAUCGCUGGAGUUCUCUCCGAGUCUGUUUCACCCAAGAAAGAGGAAGUACACCUUAUCUCACCUGGUGGUCAGUUGGUUCUAUCAAGUCAAGCCGGUGGGUAUUACGCGAACGAUGACCAGAAAGGAAUCGUCGAUGAACUUAACUUCGACAUGUUCUCAGGUCCCGCAGGUAGUACUCAACCGGUCACCCUUAUAGGUAAAGCAUCAACAACUGUUGGUGGAUUUGGUAUGAAAUUUGUGGUCAAUAACCUGGCUGGAGGAUCCUUCCGUAUCCGAUACAAGUACAAUUGGUGCCCUACCCCGGUGGCAGCUGAGAGGGAGACUUUUGAGGACCAUAACGAUUAUUGCUUAGAUUCUCCACGCAACGAAGACUGGGCAGCAGCAGCCAAAUGUGGUGAUGGUGUUUUGAACCUUGAACUUGGCGAAGAGUGUGAUUACCUCGCCGGUACCAGUGAAACACACCACUGCUCUGAUGCGUGUACGCUUGAGGAGAACACGUGUGGCGAUGGUGUUAAGUGGGGAGCUGAAGAAUGCGACUACACGAUCGAGGGUAGCAACGUCGAGGACGAUUUUGGCGUCUAUCCACCCCCUGCCAAUUCUCGUUGUCGCAAGACUACGGAUGAGCCCGCAAGUGGUUCACCUUGUACAGUUGAGCAAACAGUCUGCGGAGACGGCGCCAUCACAGAUAACGAGGAAUGUGAGUACGUUGCUGGAGAGCGUGGAGGCCUCUUGGCUGCCGACGAAGGGAAGGCUUACUGCUUAGUUACAUGUGAGUUAGAACCCAUAGCAGAUUGCACAACCAAGCGUGUACCUCUGUGUGAUUGUGAUACAAAGAUUAUGUACUCAACGUAUGUGCAAACAGCUGAUGCCUCGAUGUACGGUAAUCCGAUCUGCCUUGACAACUACGGCUACGAGCUGACUUUCUCAGCUGGAGUCGCCGAGGGCUUGAAUGAAGGCGAAUGUGAAUGUAUUUGCUAUAACGGAAUCAACGAUCCUAACGAAGAGUGCGAUAUAGGUCCCGAGGACGGUUCACUCAACAGCAAAGAAACUUGCGUGGGCUGCAAAAUCGUCAGCAGUUAUUGUGGAGAUGGCGUGGUCGACCCGCUUCAAGGCGAAGAGUGCGAUCGUCCAUGGUCUUCCGACCCUGCGGACGAUAGGUACUUCGAGGGCGGCACUAUGUUUUGCAAUUCCAAGUGUAAGCUCCAACCGGUACGUGAGUGUGAAUGGGAAGAAACUGACUCAGACUGCAGAUGCAGCGCCAGGGACACUUUCAAUGGCGACAUCGAAACCACCUACAAGACUCUUAUGGAGGCUCAGCCCUCCGGCUACCUGGGCGGUUGCCCGAUUGAGCCAACAUACCGUCCGUGUGAAUGUACAUGUGUGGGUGAGUUCAGUCAGCGGAAUGAUGGCCAGGUCGAUGGCAAGCCCGCUAUCUGUCUCAUUGACAACGACGAUCAAUGUGUUACGCAGAUGAUUUUCAGGAAGACUUCUGGUGUCGGCAAUUGGUGUGAUCAUUUGGAGGGCGAUCCAUUGGCGGUUUAUGUCGGUAGAGAAGGCAUCCGAUCGUUAGAUGGAAGCGGAUACACUGUCGCGGAUGAUGAGAAGUGUCCAGCCUCCAAAUGCCAGGCGUGUCAGGAAUCGUUCACCGAGGAGAUGUGUGAUCAGCCGUGUGGCCAGGGCAAUGUCGUGGGUAUCUACUCCAUCGACGUGGCUCCGGGCCCCGCGUCCAGAUUCAACUUUGGCAACGGCAAGAGCCUCCGGUGUAGUCAUGACGACAGUAUGGUGGGCAAGUAUGCCGUCAUCCCUGAUCGCGAGCCAUGCACCGGAACAAAUUCCGUCAAGACUUGGAAGCGCACGUGUACCUACGCUGACAACGGUCUUACACUGGGUAGUUUCUCAUUCACACCCAUCGACACGUUCUAUCGCGGCGGCGAGACCCUGCCCGAUCACGUAGCGAAUGCGGAUGUGGUGGCCCCCGAGUUGACGAGCGUGUCCUUCUCCUCCGGAAUGACGCUCAACGCAAACGUGGAUAUCACGAACACGGGUGGGGACGCGCAGGUGUUCAGCGUGGAACUGGAUACGUCCAUCAGCCACUUGUUCAAGGAAACAGCCUCGUUCAUUGCGGAUACCCUUGCAGAAAUUAUGAACCAGGCUUUCGCGGCCGGCCCCGAUGAUACCAAUAGUAUCGAAUCAGGGGGGAACAAGGUCAUGUCCUUUGACUUCGAAGAGCCCGCCGAGACAGUCGUAUUUUCACCCGAAGAUGACGAGUUCGCCUCGUUUGUGGGUAAGAGUAAGGAUGAUGUGAAGCAACUAAUGACGCUCGCUGGAGGUGAUGCGAAUGUCAGUGGUGGUGGUGGCAACAAUGAGGUUACCAUCACAGGUAUCUACGGCACCAACUUCGUUGUAGAAUAUACAUACGAUCGAUGUGACGCGGAUUCCACCACCACUUAUGAUAAUCAGGAAGCUAACUGUUCUGCCGAUACUGUUGUGGAAAGCGUCGUUGAGGUGCCAGCUGACUUGGAUACGAAUAUAGUCUAAACAUAGAAAAUCUAUAGCAAAUAAAACGUAAAAAAUACUCACAUGGACCGGAGACACGAUAAGAAAUCAAACUUCUUGGCUUUCAAGGUUUCAUAUAUUCGAAAGCAUGGGACUUUGAACUUGCUUACAUCAGACCAGUAUUUAUUAUUGUCUACAUGUCACUCGCUCGCAUUAUCUCGUGGUGUUGGACCUGAUGGGUAUGGCUUUCAAUCCGAUUCGAUGAGGUUAAAUACAAGCCAUCCCAUGUCACGGGCGACAAGCCAAAAUAAUUGCAGCCAGAUAUAGUUUACAGCCAAGUGAAAUGCAUGCUGACACUCGAAUGUACUUUCGCUUUCUGUUAUUAAAACAGGAAUAAAUAACAAAAACAAAAGGAACACAUUGCAAAAAUAAAAACAAUGUUCAAUA